UAUUACUUACUCCUGGCAAGAAUAUUGUAUGUAUACUUUUUACUUUGCCUAAUAAAUAUUAUUAAUAUUAUUAUUAUUAUUAUAAAUGCUGAGGGCAGGAUGAAACAUGUUGUUAAAUUAGGAAAUAUAUAUCGCUGACUUCAUUGGAACAUACUUGCAUCUAGGUAUAUAUCCAUUAUCAAAUGGUAGAAACAGUGCUCAAAUAAUGGCUAAAUGAUGUAAAGAUCGUACAGGGCAUAUCAAGAAAAACUUUGUUAUCAAUAGUUUAGAAAAGUGCCCCUGGUGAGAGUGGAACCUGCUACCUGCCUGAAGUGUAUAUCUUUUAAUUUUUGUUCAUUAUUCAAGUCUAUACUGCCAGAGGGUUUCUUUAAGUCAGUUUUGAUGAAUAAAUACAUAGAACAUUACCGUAAUGCUAAAAUACAAGAAACAUUUUGUGGCAAACAUGAACUACACAGGUCAGGCUCAAACAAAAGUUAAAAUCAAGUAAACAUCUUUUAAGUCAUUAUUGAAUGUUUGUUUUCCAAAAGGUUCUGACAGUCUUCUCGGCGUCAAAUUACUACGAAAUUGGAAGUAAUCGAGGAGCUUACAUCAAGUUAGGCCAAGACUUGAAGCCCCAUCCUGUACAGUAUAUGUAUGUUGAGACUACAUCCACUAAACCACUCACUGCUAGGCAAAGCUUAAGCGUUAUUGAAGAAUCAGCCUUACGGAAUGUACGAGAGAAAGUAACUGCAAACAAAUCAACCCUCCGUGAAGCUUUCAAUACCUACGAUCCUAAUGAAACAGGUAGGCCUACUGCAGUUCUUGGCCUUGUUACACGUGAUUGGGUAGGCCUACUGCAGUUCUUGGCCUUGUUACACGUGAUUGGGUAGGCCUACUGCAGUUCUUGGCCUUGUUACACGUGAUUGGGUAGGCCUACU